AUGAAGACUUCUUCUAAUGUUCAUUACACACUUAUGUUUUUUCUUCAUCGCACACAAUACCAGCACGUACUCAACUGUAUUAUUAUUCGAAAAAGAAAAGAGGGAAUCGAAGAAAAAAAAACAGAUAGAAAAAAACAAGACAUAUCUCAUCCAUCGGACGAAUCGUAUAUCGAAAACAUUUAUCAUUUCGGAAGAACACUCAUGACGAAAAUUGUAUCAAGUAUGCCGUCUGGCUGGCCGACCUCGUUGCAGCUUGUUAAAGAUCUUGAUCGGACAAGUUGUUCAAUCAAAUCGGAAGAAUCGACCUCGACUGAUGAAUUAGACGAUGAUCAAAACAAUGAUGGCGAAGGUGUUUGGAGUCCGGAUAUCGAGCAGAGUUUUCAUGAAGCGUUAGCUAUUUACCCACCAUGUGGCCGAAGAAAAAUCAUUCUAUCUGAUGAAGGAAAAAUGUUCGGAAGAAAUGAAUUGAUUUCGCGUUAUAUUAAAAUGCGUACGGGUAAAUCGCGUACAAGAAAACAAGUUUCAUCACAUAUACAGGUUCUUGCCAAACGAAAAUCUAAAGAACUUCAAUCAUUAUUCAAGGAUACGAAUUUAAAAGAACAACAUCGUCCAUUUGUUAUGAAUCAACAUUAUCAUCCGUUACGCGAUACGACAACAUCAUCGCUUAUCACCGAUGGCACUUCACCUUACUACACACAUCAUCGACCUGCUGUAUCACUUUUUUCACCAAAUACAAAUAUGAAUAUAACAUCAGCAUCAUCGUCAUCAUCGCCAUUCAAACCGACUGCAACUCUUUCUCCAUAUUCAUCACAAUCAGCUAUCAGUCUUUGGCAACAACCAACAACACCAUAUCUUGAUAUUAAACCAUUCUCUCCGUCUUCGACAGUCCAACUGGACCUGAUCCCUACUGCAAGUACAACAAAUUCAUUAACAACACGUUUCAUCAGUUCAAAUCGAAUAAAAUUAGCCGAGUUUGCUGCUUAUGUCGAAUCAAAACGUGAUCUUGAUUCAAGACACUAUCUUCUUCACAUCAGUCAAGAAGCUGGUACUGAUGUCAAACCUGAGCGUAUCAAAGUGAGCCAAAUCAUCGAUCUAUUUCCAAUGUUAAAAGAACUCUACGACAAAGGACCACAAGAUGCAUUUUAUGUUGUUAAAGUUUGGGUCAAUAUGAACUAUCAAGAAAAUACUCCGAAUGCAUACCACAACGUUUCACAAUUCGAAAGUUCGGAAGAGAAUUUAAAAUUUACAAUCACAACAAAAGCUUGUUCUUUUGGAAAAACUGUAGCUGAAAAACUUGAAACUGGCAUAACAAAAUAUAACGAUAUGACGGGCAAAUGUAUUCACCGUUCGAAUGAUACAGCAAUGUGUAGUUUCAUGAUUGAUUUUAUAAAGAAACUCAAAACAGAGAUGUACACAAGAGAAAUGAUGAAUGUUAUUCUCGAACAUUUGGGCGUUCUUCAAACGGUGGUAACCAAGGACACAGAUGAAUUACUUUUAUGUAUUGCGUAUAUAUUCGAAAUCAGCGAAUCAUCAUCAUUGGGCGGUACACAAUCAGCUGCUUAUCGUUUGUGCGAUUAG